AGACCGACGACGAACAUCCUGACAUUGAGAUAUUUUACCUCUAGUCAGGAAAAGGGAACAGCACCCGCUAUUUUGGAGAGUGCUGCCAGCGUCAUAGCUACCUGCCAGCCUGUAGUAGCUGCUGACAGCACUCAAAUGAAAGAAGUUAUUCGUAAGAGCUCUCAGAAAUAUGAGACAGGUUCCCCUGUCUCAGUCCAGUAUUUGACAUCGGGUUCAGCCCAAUCAUCAACACCCCCCACUGCUGGACAGAGGACUCUAAAGGGGUUCUUCAAACUUAAAAGUGGUCUAGCCAGCCAAAUGGCCAUAGCCCAGGAUCCUGCAACAGUGUCUACUAUGCCAACGAAACAACCAGCCGCAUCCCCUACAAAAUCUACCCCAGUUACAGAACCUCCUGCACUGGAAGCAUUACUGACAGCUCCCGCUGGUGAAGCUUCUCCAGGAGAACAGCCAAAUUCCGCGACUCCUACAGCUCCCGCUUCACCCCAAAGCAAUGAUACUAUUAUCGAUCCCAUUGUCAGCAAGGAAGAUUGGUCAAAGCUCUUCACUAAAAAGCCCAUUCCCAAGUGCGAGGGCCACCAGGAACCAUGUUUCAGUCUGACAACUAAGAAGCCUGGCAUCAACUGCGGAAGAUCGUUCUGGAUCUGUUUGAGACCCCUUGGGCCCAGCGGAAACAAGGAAAAGGGGAUACAGUGGCGAUUUCCUACAUUCAUAUGGGCCAGCGAUUGGAACCCUUCCGCUCCGUAG